AUGGCGACCUCGGACCCUGAGAAGGCGCCUCAUGAUGUCGCAGCAUCGCCCGACUCGUUGGACCGGAUACAGUCUCACUUCGUCAAUGAGGAUCGCUUGCGCCGCUCCCUCAGCGCCCGGCAGGUGCAGAUGAUCGCAAUCGGAGGUACCAUUGGAACUGGCCUAUUUCUGGGUACUGGAAAAGCUCUCGCAACUGGUGGACCGGCUUCGCUACUCAUCUGCUAUUCUAUCGUCGGCUUCAUCGUCUUCUGCACCAUGUUAUCGCUCGGCGAAAUGGCCGCCUUCGUUCCUGUCGCGGGCUCCUUCUGCACGUUCGCAGGUCGCUACGUGGAUGAUGCGUUUGGUUUUGCGCUGACGUGGAAUUACUGGUUCAACGAUGCUGUCAGCACCGCCGCAGACCUGGUGGCUUUGCAGUUAUUGAUACAGUACUGGAGCGAUAGCGUCCCGUGGUAUGCCGUGGGUAUAGCGGUGUGGGUCCUCAUCGUUCUGACGAACAUCAUCAACGUCAAGGCAUACGGCGAGCUUGAGUAUUGGCUCAGUCUGCUGAAGGUGGUAACCAUCAUCAUCUUCAUCAUCCUCAGUAUUGCCGUCAACGCGGGUGGCAACACCCAUUAUGGGUACAUUGGAGGAAAGUACUGGACUAUCGGAGAUGCGCCCUUUGUGGGUGGCAUUGGUGGCUUCGCAUCAGUUUUUGUCACGGCAUCUUUUGCCUACGGAGGAACCGAAUCGAUCGCAAUCACCGCCGGAGAGACGCGUGACCCUGCACGUACGCUUCCUAGGGUUGUAGAGAACGUCUUCUGGCGCAUUUUGCUCUUCUACAUCCUGACGGCCAUCAUGAUCGGAUUCAACAUACCGUACGACUACCCAGGACUUUCGACCAAGUCAUCUCGCACAUCACCUUUCACCAUUGCAUUCCAAAUGGCAGGCUCGAAAGCAGCUGGAUCUUUCGUUAAUGCGGUAGUCUUAACCAGCGUUAUAUCUGCUGGUAAUCACGCGCUGUACGCUGGCUCACGAUUGCUCUACACACUUGGCGCGAACGGACAUGCACCCAAAGUGUUCACGAAGCUGACACGUUACCAAGUUCCAUGGGUUGCAGUCAUAACGACGAGCUUGGUGUCUAUCGUGCUUUUCUCCCUAUCUUUUGCAGGCUCUGGCCAGGUUUGGACAUGGCUGCAAAAUAUUGUGGGUGUUUCGAACCAGCUAAGCUGGAUCUGCAUUGGUAUCUCCUCGCUGCGUUUCCGCGCAGGUCUCAAGGCUCAAGGAAAGGAGCACCUGCUGCCCUUCCGAAACUGGAUGUACCCUUGGGGUCCGAUUAUCUGCGUGGUUCUGAACUCUUUCAUCGUCCUAGUGCAGGGAUGGUCCUCAUUCAGCCCCAAGUUUGCCGCCGUAGAUUUCGUCAGCUUCUACCUGGAGCUACCAGUAUUCCUAUUGAUGAUUGUCGUCUGGAAGCUAUUGAAGAAGACGAAGUUUAGGAAAGCGAGUGAAAUGGACCUCGAGACGGAUGUCUACACUAAGGAAGAUAUGGAGCCGGCUGAAAAGGGGUGGAAAGGCAGAAGUAAGAGGAUCGGGACAUGGUUUUGUUUCUGA